AGUGGGCUACAUGUAGGGAAUAACAGCCUUGCGGCCCAAGUAACUACCUUGCAGCCCAAUUAGUAGCCCAAAACCGAGCCCUAUAAUAAGGGCAAUUACAGCGCUACUCUCGCUAGUGUAUCCCAAUACAAAGAAAAAAGGGACUUGGCAUUUCCAUCGGCCGCGACGAUAAACGAAUCAUACCAUUGAAAGAUCUUAGUGCAAUCAUGGCUGACGAAGAGAAUCAAAACGAGCUGGUGGCUGAUAUAGCACCUUUUGAUCCUACAAAAAAGAAGAAAAAGAAGAAGGUUGUAAUUCAAGAUCCUGCAGAUGACUCUGUUGAUAGCUUGGCUGAAAAAACUGAGAAUUUAACUGUUUCUGAGGGCCUUGAGGCUACGUUUUCUGGUAAAAAGAAGAAGAAGAAGCCGGCACACACUGAUCUCCUGAGUGAUGAAAAGGAAAGCAUUGUCGAGGAUGCGGAUGAUCACCCUGAAGAAGAUGAAGAAGCUGGAGAAAUUGUCCUGCAGCAGUUACCUUGGGAGGGAACUGAUCGAGAUUAUGAAUAUGAGGAGCUUCUGGGCAGAGUAUUCAAUAUUCUACGUGAGAAUAACCCUGAGCUUGCUGGAGAUAGGCGAAGGACAGUUAUGAGGCCACCUCAAGUUCUUCGUGAAGGCACAAAGAAAACUGUGUUUGUGAAUUUUAUGGAUCUUUGCAAGACGAUGCAUAGGCAGCCUGAGCAUGUUAUGACUUUCUUGCUGGCUGAAAUGGGGACUAGUGGGUCACUUGAUGGGCAGCAAAGAUUGGUUAUCAAGGGAAGAUUUGCUCCUAAAAAUUUCGAAGGAAUCCUCCGGCGAUAUGUCAAUGAGUAUGUCAUUUGCAAUGGCUGUAAAAGUCCAGAUACUAUCCUCACAAAGGAGAACCGUCUUUUCUUCCUCAGAUGUGAAAAGUGUGGGUCCGGAAGAUCAGUGGCUCCCAUCAAGGCUGGUUUCGUUGCUCGUGUUGGCCGUCGUAAAGCUGGGACCUGAUUUGGACUUGGGGGUUGUUAGUUGGACAAUAUUUUCUCAUAAAAGAGUAUGUUGGAGUUUUGUAUGUUUUGUUUUCUGUUUAACCUGAGGGAACAUAUCGACAUUUGGUGCUACUUUGCUUUAUGAAGAGAGUUAAUAUUUAACUUGA